GUGCAGCUAAAAACAGAGCUCAGAUCACUGUGUCUCUCUGCAGGAGGGGAAUCUAUUAGACUGGAGGAGCUGUGAGCAAGAGCUGCUGAGGCUGCAGAACCUCAGAGGACAGAAACCAGGACACUGGGACACCUGCACACACCUGAGACAACUCAUACAUCUUACACACCGAAGACCCAGUAAGUGUUUCUGCUUUUUUGAUUUCCUGGAGCAUAAAUGUGAGUUAGUAAUGAUUAGUUGUCUACAGUAAAUGAGGUGAAACUGUCCAACAACUUCAAAGUGAUUCUUUAUUUGAAACAGCCGCAGCUCUAAAUAUCAAACUUUCACUGUCCCGUUCAGAGUUAUAUUGAGUUUCUGGAGUCCUGGCUCUGUGGUCGAGUUCUUUGGCUGAUUUUCACCGUGACUCUUUGUGACAGACACUCAAUCUAUUUGUGGGACGGUUUAUAUUUAGAAAGUCUUCCUGAACAGCCGGAGCUGCUGUGCCAGACUUCAAACCUCCAAACAGCCUGUGGGAAAAAAACUACAGAGAGAGAGAGAGAGAGAGAGAGAGAGAGAGAGAGAGAGAGAGAGAGAGAGAGAGAGAGAGAGAGAGAGAGAGAGAGAGAGAGAGAGAGAGAGAGAGACCUGUCUUUAUGAUGUGAUGAUAAACUGAAGUAUGAUUGAUGGUAAAUAAAAACUGUAGAGCCAAGCUUAAAAUCAGAUGACCACAAACUACGAUUUCUUAGCACUUUCUCUUUAUUUCUGUUUGACAGUCUUUGAAGUUUUAUUUUUUAUUUAUGUUCGUUUAAAAUAUAUAUAUAUCUGUGUAGUUUGGUUUCUUUGUGUGCUACUUUGUGUCUCUUUGCUGUUUUUUUUAGGUUGUGCUAUGAGUGGUGAUUAUUUUACAUCUCGUGGUUUUUUUUAUUUUUCGUUUAACUGAAGUUAUUUUGAAUCCUGUUUUUGUCUUUUUUUGUUGUUUGUUUUUGUAUUUCCGUGUUUUUUUUUUGAUAAUGGGUCUCUUGUGUCUCUGAAUCUUUGUUGUUGUUGUGAUUGAUGUUUAAUUUUUUUUUUCUUUCUGUGUAGUUUUGAAUAUUUUUAUGGUUCUCUUGUGUCUCUAAGUUUUUGUCGUUUUCUGUUGGUUUUUUUCUUUCUGUGUAGUUUUAAAUUUUUUUUUGUAGUUUUGAAAUUUUUUUUGUGUGUCUUUCUUCUCUUAACAGACUAUUUUUAAUUGUUUUGUGUAUAGGAGUUGAGAUCAGACAGGCUUCUGAAAAUGUCUUUACAUCAUGAUGUGAUGGUUUUCCCACAGGAAAAAUGAGUUUAGAAAAUAAUGUUUGCUCUAAACUAAAACUUCAGUGUAAAAGUUCUGAAUUGAGGUGCUUUUACUCUCAAGAUAUUUUUCAGAUCGGAGGACUUAAUUUCAUCUCACAAAGCUCCAUCUAUGUGGUUUACUGCUGUGUAUCAAGAUCCAUGCUAUAUUCUUUCAUUUGGACACAUGACUGAUUAUAUCCCUUGAUGUCAGUUUGAGGUCAUGGUUAAAAUGUCCUGUCUGUUUUUAUUUCAGAGAAAAGUUUGAUUAAAAUGGUUUUAGAGAAUGAGAUGGAGUCCAAUGUUACAGAGCCGGAGAGCUUCUGGGUAUGAAAUCCCCCUUUUUUAGAAAAACAAAAUCAUAAGACAUCUCAUCCCAUCCCACCUGCAUCUUCUGAAGAAUAAUAUUCAUCUCAAAAGUAUGUUUUGAUAUUGAAACAUGCUUUGAGAAUAAGAGCAUUCCGGCUAACAUGACCUCCAUGAUGAAAACUCAAACAUGGCUAACUCUUCCAACAGAGUUUGAAACUUUUCUCCUUUUUUAUUCCUUCUUGAUUAACUGUGUUUAUAUUAGUAGGUUGGUGUUGUAACCUUACUCGAACUCUAAAUAAAGGUGGAGCCAGGAACUUAUUAGCACAACUUAGCAUGAAGACAGUGAACAGCUGACCAAAAUCUCUCCAAAGAUGAUAAAAAUUUGGAUAAAAACACUUCACAGGGCCUUAAUGUUAUUUGUGAAAUCAAAAUAAAAAAUAUAAGCUUGAUGGAGAAUUUUGUACUGUACAUACUGUCCUGUACUGUCAUAGUUUUUAGUUCCUUAAAAAAAACACACACAAAAUCUACUUAUUUGGAGCUUAGCUAGCCGCUACCCACCUUUUCGUGAAACUAAGAUAAUGUAUGCUUGAUUUAAAGCUCCUGUGAGGAACUUCACAUCUGAGCCAAUUUUGGCAUCCUCUGUGGACAACGUGAUCUCCCUUAUGCCUUUUAAUUUUGGAAAAAGCAGAGGGUCUGGUUUUCAAGAAUACUUUCACCCAUCUAGUGUGACACCUACCCCUCACAACGCUUACAGAUACUGAAUACUUCCAUGCAGAAAUCGUUAUUCUAGUCCCUGAUGGUGUUGUGUUUUUCCUUUUUAGGUCACACAGAGGUAUCACAGUUAACUUCAGUCUGUUUCAAAAUCAGCUAUAAAUUCCUCGUAGGAGCUUUAAUAUCUGUCUAAGAUUCUGCAAUAGCAUAUGAUAAUUUAUUAAAUUAAAGAAAUAUCAAUAGUAAAGAUUAGGGAUUAAAUCAUAGGAGGCUCGUCUGAUAGAAUUCAGUUGCAGCUGAAAAAAUGAGUGUAUACUAAUUUAUAUUUUGGAUCUGUGUGAACUUCACGUCACUCAUAUUAGUGUGAAUUUGCUCAACACCAGUGUUCCACAUUUUGAGCAUAAAAAUCCAACAUUUUCCAGGACUUCUUGAUGGAUAUGGACCCGGUUUGGACCACCACGGUUGUGUUGGUUCCGUUUGUCGUUGUGUUGACGGCUGGAGUCUUUUACCUGUAUGGUGUGGUGAUCGGUCUGCUGUCCAAAACAUCUGUACGUAACAAGGUGGUGGUCAUCACUGAUUCUUUAUCUGGGCUGGGAAAAGGUAAGAAAAACAAUCCAUUUUGAGAUAUUAUAAACUCCUCCAUGCUACCUACAUGAAAGAAUCUGAAAUAGGUGUUUGUCUCGUUUUCAGAGUGUGCAGGUGUGUUUCACAGAGGGGGGGCCCGGCUGAUUCUCUGUGGCAAAAGUUGGGAGAAACUUGAAGAGUUUGCAGAUGAUUUGGCAAACGCCUCAGAUCCAACAGUGGUAAGUCCAAAAAAGGCAAGGGUAAAAACCGGUUGAUGACUGGAUGUCACAUUAUUAAGUAUUUCGAUGAAAGUACCUCAAACAGUUUGUCCUCCUCAGACGUUUCCACCUAAACUGGUUCUGUUGGAUUUUGGGGACAUGGAGAGCCUUCCUGAUGUCAUUGAAGAGAUCCUGGAGUGUUAUGGCUGCCUGGAUGUCCUCAUCCUCAACAGUAGCAUGAAGCUCAAAGCCCCUGCUCAGACUGUGUCUCUGCAGACCGACAAACUGCUGAUGGAUAACAAUUACUUUGGACCAGCAACACUCGUCAAAGGUAGACCAGAAAUGUCGAAAACACACCAAAGUGCAAAACAGGAUGAAGGCGCUGUCAUUUAAUGUUUUAAUACGACAUGUUUACCUGGUUUGUUUCAGGUCUUUUGACUUUUUAUGUUUCAGGUGUGUUGCCAUCAAUGAUCUCCAGGAGAACAGGCCACUUGUUGCUGGUCAACAGCAUUCAGGGGAAACUAGCCAUACCUUUUCGAACUGCAUGUAAGUUGAGAGUUUUUGUUAAUGUUCUCUGUAAAUGUUGACAAUGCACUAUAGCCUCUACACAUUCUACCAGGUGGUAAUGUAAUCAAAGCUGCAAUUUUUUCAGCCCACAAUGAUGUUUUCAUAAGACAUACGUCAUUUACCCAAUGGAUGGUCAAAACUUUGUACAAACAAUCUUUAUCCCCAGAGGAUUAACUCUAGUCUGAUGGGGAAUUUUCAUUUAAGGACCAAAACACAUAGAAAUUAGUUUAAUCCAAUUGGGUGGAAUGUCUUAGCAUCUACCCUGUGGAUUGGUACAAAAACUGGUACAUCCAUUCAUGUUCCCCUGAGGAUGGAUCACUCUGAGUUUGAAGAUCCACUGACAUUUCUUCAAACAUUAACCAGAUCUUAUAUUUCUGGCGUGAAGUUCAUCCAUUGGCUGGAUUGUCACUAAAUUUGGGAGAGAAAACUAUGUUCCCAUGUUCAUGAACCCCUAAAUAAUGGGAUGUUAUUUGUCGCAGAAUAAACACUAAACAAUAAAAAAUGAUGUUCUCAUGUAUCCGCUUAAAGCUUUUCCCAGACAGGUUGGCAGACAACUUGCUACAAAUAUUUAUGACCCAAGAGGAUAAAUCUAAGAAGUUUGCUUGAGCACUGUCUUUAUCUAAAGCAUCAUCACGGCAUCAACAUUUUACGUUGGUUUGAUUUCCAUGUAAUCUAUUAUUAACAUUUACUCUUGGUUCUCCAGAGGAUGAACCCUACGGUAAAUGAUAAAUUUACUCUAAGGCAGAAAUGGGUUAAAGUUACUGAAGGUAAUUAUUGAAAUAGCUCAAAAUCUAUCCAGUAGAUUGGUGCUGAAUCCAUCCAGUUUAUUUAUCACUUGACUUUUUUUCUGGAGUCAUCAGAUCGUCAAAUUAUGUCAUACAGACGGAAACUAUUAGGCUUUGCCCUGAAACAUAACAUUUUAAGUAUUUUUGCAGACGCAGCCUCCAAACAUGCUGUUCAGGCUUUCUUUGACUGUCUGAGAGCAGAGGUGGAGGAGUACGGCCUUUCUGUGAGCACCAUCAACCACACCUUCAUCAGUAACUCAUCACCUGGUGACACUGAAUCCACCCCUUCCAGCUCUAUCUUCUCCUGUGAGUCAAAUCAGAGCAAACGGUCAACAUCCUGGUAUUGUUUCACUGCAACCUUUACACUGGCAUAAUCAAACAGUUUAAAACACAUGAACAUUAAACUAGAUCCGAUCAGAAUGAAUAUUUUCUUUAUAAAAAAAAAAAGUCACAUACUCAGUGUGUGCUGCUGCUGUAGCUUCUGGUGGAGUUAAAUCCUAAGUAACAUGGCGGCAGACCCAGCACAAGUUGAUAGUGUGAUGUACAGGUUAAACUAGCCGGGGAACCAUUCACACAUUGUUCAACCAGUGUGUGACUAUCAACAUCAUAUAUAAGUUGUACAGAUGUGUACCUGUAAUGUCUAUCCUCUCUUAUCUGCACAAAUAAGAUAUCAGAGAAAAUUUUAAAGCUUGAUUGUUGAGGAAACUAAAAUAAAUGAAUUACCUUUGAUUUGCUUUUUCUCUUCAGUUUUAUACUCGCAGAAACCUCCAGGUGUUUCUCCAGAUGAAGCAGUGACAGAGAUUGUGAAGACUUUGAGUAACAAGAGAAAAGAGGUGCUGAUGGCUCCCUCCCUCCCAAAGGCGGCAGUCUACGCCAGGUCCUUCUUCCCCAACGUCUUCUUCUCUGUGAUGGCUGCAGGAGUGAACCAUGCCGCUGCCUCUGAGAACAUGUAGAGCUGCAGAUAUGUUCUGUGUGUAUGACAGAAUCAUAUCACAGAGUCGGGUUGAAACAUGUCAGAAGAAAUAUUAAUGCAAGUCUGGGAUAAUAGAGAUAUCAAAUGAUGAUGGAUUUUAUGAGUAGCUUUUUGACAUAAAAUGUUUUGUGCAUUGUAAAAUCUUAGAUUUAUCAGAAAAUGAUUAGGAAUAGAUAUACAGAGGUUUUGACCUGAAAGGCUGCAGUGAAGGCCUCUAAUGUUUAUUUACUGUCUGUAGUUUCUUCAUCUGAAAUGAUCUUUUUUACAUAAUUUACAGUUCAGCAUUCAUGAAGUGAUCGUCCAAGUGAGAAAAUAAACUAAAAAAUGCAGAAAAA